CAGUCCAUAGGGUCACAAAGAGUCCAAUAUCACUGAAGUGACGUAGCACAGCAUAGCAUGGUAAUUCUAUUCCUAAGAUUUUUUUUUUUCUUUAUUUAACACAGGAAAGUCUCCUUUCUUGCUCAAUAUCUGCAGUGACUUAUUACCAAACUUACAUCCUUGCCGCUGCCCCUCUUCCUAGUGGAAACAGCAGCCUCAUACAGGUUUUAGCAACAUCAGGCCCCCUUUGUGUGACCUCGGACUUUCAAGCCCAGGGGGAAGACUUGGCUGCUUUUCUGUCACAGACUCACCCAUGAACACCCAUAUACACUACAAAUUCACAAAGGAUGGAUGUACACACCUGAUGCACAGAGGCAUCCGUACUACUCUUUGGGCAGCCCCAGUAGAAAAAGAGAUGAGAAUGUUGUAAAAUAACUUGAAAGUUUUAGAAAGAUUUUGUUUUAGUGACUUUCUUCUAACCAAAACAUUUCCCUUUUGGGGAGGAGGGUGGCAGAGGGAAAGUGGCUGGUGAAGGCCAGCCCAUCAGGGAAGCCAGCCCUCUCAGGGGGCUGCAGGGGUGUCCAGCGUCAGCGCCUCUUGCUCGUGAUGAGCCCCCAGGACCCCCCUCCUGACAUCCUGCCUGCAUGCAGGGUGACUCUCCUGGCCUGCUCAAAGCCUGGCGGCAUGGCAGGUGUGCCCGUCGUAUGGAUCUCCCUACAGCGGCCGCAGCACUGGGGCUGUCCUCUCCAGACCAUACACCCACAUUCUGCUGGUUGGCCUGGACACUGCAGUGGCCUCACUCAGUGAUGCUUGAUGUCACGGGGCUCACACCCAGAGUUAAAUCCCGGAGGGAAAGACCCCUGUUCUCAUGUGCCAGACCCCCUUCCAUGCCUGCAUGAGCCAGGCCGUCAUCACCCGGAGGGCAGUGCAUGUGGAGGCUUGAUAGACACUCAGCAGAAACAGCACAGGGAGAUUGAGCCCCCUGAAAACGUCAUUAAAAUUAAAUUAGUCGUUUAUGCUAAGUGAAGGAAGUCAAGACUGGAAAACCAAAUGCUCUGUGAUUUCACUUGUAUGUAGAAUCUAAAAAACAAAUGAACAAGCAUAGCAUAACAGAAACAGAGUCAUAGAUAUAGAGAACAGACAGAGGCAGGGGUGCAGUGGGGUGAGGGAGAACCAAGAGGUACAAACUUGCAGCUGCAAAAUAAAUGAGUCACACGUAUCAGAUGUACAGUGCAGGGAAUACAGUCAAUAACUAACAUCUUUGUAGGGUGACUGAGCGUAACCAGAUUUAUCCUGGUGGUCAUUUUGAAAUGUAUGGAAGCAAAUCACUGUGUUGUAUACUAGGAACUAACAAGGUUGUAGGUCAAUCACACUUCAAAAAAACAAACAAAUAUAUAAAUAAACUCAUAGUAAAAGAGAUCAGGUUCAUGGUUACUAGAGACGGGGAGUAGGGAAGGGAGUUUGAGGAAUACCAUCAAAAGGUACAGACUUCCAUUAUAGGGUAGAUAAUUGAUAGGGAUGAUAAAGAUACCAUAAUAAACAUAAUUUAUAACAGCUUAUAAAUUUUAUUUAAAAAAUGCAAUUUAUAGAGACAACGUAAGUGUAAUUAAUACCAUAUGUUAUAUUUGAAAGGUGUUAAGAAGGAAAAUCCUGAGAGUUCUCAUCACACACACAAAGGUUUUUUCCUGUUUCUUUAAUUUUGUUACCUGUAGGAAAUGAUGGAUGUUCCCUAAAAUUAUUGUCAUCAUUUCAUGAUGUGAGUCAAAUUACUAUAUUCUACACCUUAAACUUACACAGUGCUAUAUGUCAGUUAUAUCUCAGUAAAACUGGAAAGAAGGGAAAGAAGGAAGAGAGAGAAAGGAAGGAAGGGAGGAAGAAAGAAACAAAGAAUGAAUGAAUCGUGGAGAUCCUGAAGUUCUGGGUCCGCGGAACUUGGGACUCUGGCUUUCAGCAGGGACCCCCGGUGAUGCUGCUACAGAUGGUGAGAAGAGUCCUGGACUGGUUCAGGCACUGCCCCUUCCGGGCCUGGUGACCCUGGACACCCCUCUGAGCCUCGUCUCUGAGGUUGGAUAAUAGCGAGACUCACUGUGUAAUGAGGUUAUGGGCGUCAUGGUGACAACAAAGACUUAUGUAGUGCUUAUGGUGUGCCAGGCACUGCUGUUUUACAGCUGGAGAAACUGAGGCACAGCGAGAUUAAAUACCACACCUAGUAAGUGGCAGAAAUGAGCUUCAAACCUAGGCAGUCUGGCUCCUGAGUCUAUGCACCUAACAUCUAAGGCCAGGGGUUCUCAAAGUGUGUUCAGGGGAUCUCUGAGAACCCUGUCAGGCUGUCCAUGAGGUCAGAGUGAUUUUCGUAACCUAGGGCAUUUUUUUCCUUUUUCCUUUUUUUCUCGAAUGAGUACACAGGGAAGUUUUCAGAGGGUUCACGACACAACAUCCUUCUGACGGAAAGAUGGAAACGCUAAAAGACAAGACCCUGGAGGAGCUGGAGGAGAUGCAGAACGACCCGGAGGCCAUCGACCGACUGGCCCAGGACUCCCCGGAGGUCCAGGAUCUGCAGCUGGAGCGGGAGAUGGCGCUGGCCACCAACCGGAGCCUGGCCGAGCGGAACCUGGAGUUCCAGGGUCCGCUGGAGAUCAGCCGCUCAAACCUCUCGGACAAGUACCAGGAGCUCCGGAAGCUGGUGGAGCGGUGCCAGGAGCAGAAGGCGAAGCUGGAGAAGUUCUCCUCAGCACUGCAGCUAGGGACCUUGUUGGACCUUCUGCAGAUUGAAAGCAUGAAGAUUGAAGAAGAGUCCGAGGCCAUGGCUGAGAAGUUCCUGGAGGGUGAGGUGCCCCUGGACACGUUCCUGGAGAAUUUCUCCUCCAUGAGAACACUGUCACAUCUGCGCCGGGUUCGCGUGGAGAAGCUCCAGGAUGUGAUGAGAAAGCCCAGGGCCUCCCUGGAGCCAGCCGGGGACAUCCCGCCUCCCCGCCCACCCCCGCCACUGCGCCCCGAC